ACAUUAAAAAACAAAACAGAAAAUGCUGAGGUUUUGGAGACUUUGAGGAGAGGGAGGUGAGGGUUUGUGUAGCGAACAUGAAGGAACAAGGGGAACAACUAUGCCAGGCGGCGAGGAACGGCGACACGGAGAAGCUGAAGUCUCUCAUCGACUCCGGCGCCGACGUCACCUUUUUCGACGAUAACGGCCUUACUCCUCUGAUGCACGCCGCAAAGCACGGCCAUGCACCCAUCCUCACCAUCCUUCUCUCCGCCGGCGCACCCUGGAACGCCCUUUCCCCCUCCAACCUCUCCGCCGGCGACUUCGCCAUGGAUGAAGGUCACCAAGAAGCCUUCGACCUCCUCCUCAAUGCAGGGAUUCAAGCUGAGCUUGUGCUAGGUACAAUUGCAAGGAGAGAUAAUGAAAAUGCGAAUUCCGGUGGUAAUCGCGAUUAUUUGGAAGAUAGGGUGAGUUUUAGUGAGGAUAAGGUUAUGGACUCUGAGAGUAAAGCUGUCAUGAUGGCGUGGGAGAAGCCGUUGAUGGAGGCUCACGCGAAGGCGGUUUGUUCGGGAGGCGGUCAUGUUCUCAAUGUUGGAUUUGGAAUGGGACUUGUGGAUACUGCCAUUCAGCAAUAUGCUCCUGUGUCACACACCAUUGUUGAGGCUCAUCCGGAGGUUUAUGAACGCAUGCUUCGCGAUGGCUGGGGUCAGAAGGAAAAUGUAAAGAUCGUUUUUGGCCGCUGGCAAGAUGUUCUGCCUCAGCUCGAGACGUAUGAUGGAAUAUUCUUUGACACCUAUGGGGAGUACUAUGAAGACCUGAGAGAGUUCCACCAACAUCUCCCAGCACUGUUGAAGCCGGGUGGAAUCUACUCGUUCUUCAAUGGCCUUUGUGGCGGUAAUGCGUUUUUCCAUGUUGUUUACUGCCAUUUGGUAUCUCUUGAGCUUGAGAAUUUGGGCUAUUCCACACAAUUAAUUCCGUUGCCUGUCAAGGAUUGUUUGGGAGAACAAGUUUGGGAAGGUGUUAAACACAAAUAUUGGCAGCUUGAUACGUAUUACCUCCCCGUCUGUCAGUCUCUAGAGGACUGAGAGUGAUGUUAAGUUUUGAAUGGUAGGUUUGAUUGUAGUCACAUCUUGCAAAAUGAUUAUAACACAUAAUGUAUUAUGAUGCUUGUGUAGCAUGCUGAAUGGUAUUGUAAGAACAGUUAGUGUUAUUGAAAUCUCGAGCUUUAUUUGGAAAUUUCA